AUGUCCCAAGUAAUAUUCGACAAACCGUAUCCAAUGCCGCGGAAGCAGUCGUGGAAGUUGACUGCACUGCAAUGGCUACUUAGUCGGUUCGCUCACAAAGGCAGAGAUUCACAUCAUGAACAUACAGGGCUUCCUUCCAGAGGCAGAUAUCGAACCCCUGGAGUGGCAAGCACCUCACGACAUUUCCUUUAUAAACGACAAAAUUUUGAAUCACCAUUAGGUUCGGCUUCAUUAGAACCACGCCGGAGAAGUCAAGACCGCGAUUGCAGGACACGAAAAGAAAGCUUUAGUUCAAGACUACCUGCUGAACCUUCCAUAGGACUGUGCCCCUCGACGCUGUGUAUUGAACUCACUGCCACGGCGGAUACUUCGCAAACUACGGGGUUACGAAGGAGAAACGACAGUCAAAAUCUGAGAGCUCUAGUAUACGAAGCAGCUGUUGCCGCGAAGACCAACACGAAGGAUACAUUGAAUACAAGUCCUGUUUCUUCUGUCUCUAAAAUGCCCACACAGUUUUUAAUGGAAUUUCUCGAGGGCAGGGCCGCAAUCGAAAACCUCGACCAUUUUAAUGCCUUCCUCAUUGUCAGCCCAACUGUCAAAGGCGACCGUGUCCUUUACGCAUCUGAGAGCCUGUGGUCCACUGAAGAUUUCGAAAAUGAUAAAUUCUUCUUGCAUAAUAAACGCUCUGUGGACCAGACAACGGAUAUCAUCACCGAGAUCGCAGGCAAUGAGAAUGAGAGUGUACAUCUAAUGCUAUUUGGAGGGCUUCCUUCCAUAGGAGUACGCACCAGCCUUGUUCUCGCAUCGCUCAUUGACGUAACCGAGUUUCUCGACGCUCUCACUAUUAGUGACCUUGAAAUUGAGAUCCUUAUUCGGCAGAUAAACUCUACAAAUUCUCAAGACGAAGGCCCAGCAACCAGCCUAGAAAAUCUGUCAGAAACCUCUGACGUUAUGCAGCAGCUGGUAAACCAUGUCGCCAAAAGUAUUCUGGCGCUUUACAAAGAUUACUUCAUCCUCUCCCAGUCAGCAAAGGCGCCGGGAUUUUACGAAAUGUCCCAUGUGUCGCCCAACAUAUACGUCGAUGGGGAAUACGUGACUGACCACUUGAACCAUACUCCGCGAGAGGCGAUAAGUCGAAUUAGCCAGUUGAUGGGACAAGGCAAACGGUUUUUUAUGGAAGUCAAAUGGGGCAAGCAUGGGGAAGCGAAACGACUUUACUGCAUCCCUAUGUUGUCAGGCAGUCGUCGGCUCUGGCUCUGCUUGCUGGUUGAUCCAGCCCAUCCGAUUCUCUGGAAGAAAGGGUAG